AUGGCUGUAAAUCCUUUGUUGACAAUAUCAGGGCAGCAGAAGACUGCAGUGGGUCCCUCACCAUUUGAACCUCGAACAGUGGACAGAGAUUUAUUGCCUUCUACUGUAGCUCCAAUUGACCCAAGACAGUUUUGUGUUUCUUCCCAUUUUGGAUCCUCUGUUAUACCUACUGCAAAUAUACCGAACAUGAUGUCCAAUCGUGUGUACUCAGGUUGGGACAUUUUACGACCUGAAUCCAUAAAAGCAAUGACUAGAAGGAAUGAAAUGACUCAAAGGCAUCAUACUGCCAGGACAGAAAUGGAAAUGUAUGCCAUUUAUCAGCAAAGGAGAAUGGAAAAAGUUAAUCCCAAGGGGCUGGUGGGUUUAGGGCUACCAUUCUUCUAUGGCUCCAAUGUCCCAGCAGGCCCAGCCACCUACCAUGGCAGAAGCAUGCUCCCUGCCAAUGACCUACUUUUCCACAGAAGCACCUUGAGAAACCUUCAGGGCAACUCCAUGCUAACGGCAACUGGUCUACACUUUCUAGAGAGCUGGGAGCAGAAAUGUCAUCAUCUCAGGAGAGGUACAGGGAAUCAGAAAGUUCUAGAUGAUGACACUGAUAGUUCCAAAAGUCAAGCAGAAUUUAAAAUCCUGGGCCAGACUCAUGUAACUCCCUAUGAAGAGGAUGAGUUUGCAAAAGAUCCUGAGACUGAAGCACUCAACAAUCAGAAGUCAAGGGAAACCAAUGAAAAGCCAACCACAGCUCCUACCAAAAUCUGUGGAGAACUCCAGCCCAGCCAUGGAACACCCUGGUCAGCUCACAACACCUCCCUGGAAGCAAAGACCUGGGACAGUGGGAAGAAGGUCUCAGAGCAUUCUUUUGCAACUUGCAAUGAAAAGAAUCCAGGUCUUCCAUUGACUCUACCAGGAGCACAUAAACUGGUUACAGCUGGGGAACGUCUUUCUUUGGAUGAAGAUAUUCAGAAAUGGACUGUGGAUGAUGUGCACAACUUCAUCAGCAGCCUUCCAGGAUGUUCAAGCUAUGCUCAGGUAUUUAAAGAUCAUGCAAUUGAUGGAGAAACUUUACCAUUACUCACUGAGGAGCACCUUCGAGACACUAUGGGAUUAAAACUAGGGCCAGCACUAAAAAUUCAUUCUCAGGUUUCACAGCAUGUGGGAAGUAUGUUCUACAAGAAAAGUCUUUCACUUCCUGUCCGUACAUAUUCUAUAAGGCAAGCAUUUGACCCACCAGCAGAUACAUCCUCUUUUUUGAAUUUUGAUCCCUGGAAUGACACAUCAAGCAUUCCUUCUUCCCAGGAUAUAAUUCCUAAAGAAAGUGAGCAAGAUAGUACAAGAAAUUAA